AUGAACGACGAGGUUCUGCAGCUUGCUCGCAUAUACACGACGCAAUCGAACGCCGCCCCUGGUUCUCUCUUUCCAGUCCCCGCCGAAGGCCCUUUGAACCCGAGCAGUCCCGACUUCAACGCAAGAAAGUGGGCAAAGGCGUUUUACAACAUCCGUACCGACACCUCGGAGGGAAAUCCACCAAAGACAACCGGAAUCGCCUUCAAGAACCUCAAUGUCUUUGGCUAUGGCACAUCCACCGACUACCAGAAGAGCGUUGGCAAUGUCUUCCUCGAGGCGGCGAGCUUGGUGAAGAAGCUCACAGGUGCAAAAGAGCAACGCAUUGAUAUCCUUCACGACCUUGAGGGCGUCGUCCAUAGCGGCGAGAUGCUUGCCGUCCUUGGCCCUCCCGGGUCUGGCUGCUCAACCCUGCUAAAGACGAUCGCCGGUGACACGCACGGAUUCUACAUCAGUGACGACGCGACCAUCAACUACCAGGGCAUCCAGCCCAAGGACAUGCGCACUGCUUUCAGGGGCGAGGCCAUCUACACCGCCGAGGUCGACGAGCAUUUUGCCCACUUGACGGUUGGAGACACCUUGUACUUUGCAGCCCGUGCCAGAUGCCCAAAGAACAUUCCCGAGGGCAUAUCCAGACGGGAGUACGCCGAGCAUCUCCGCGAUGUGACCAUGGCCAUGUUUGGCAUCUCGCAUACGAAGAACACCCGGGUCGGAGACGACUUCGUUCGUGGAGUCUCGGGAGGAGAGCGGAAGCGAGUCACCAUCGCGGAGGCUGCCCUGAGUUACUCGCCAUUGCAGUGCUGGGAUAACAGUACGAGAGGUCUUGACAGCGCCAACGCCCUCGAGUUCUGCCGCACUUUGAGAACGCAAGCGGAUACUAUGGGCUGCACUUCGUGCGUUGCCAUCUACCAAGCUUCCCAAGAUGCCUACGAUGUCUUUGACAAGGUCGUCGUCCUAUAUGAAGGCCGCCAAAUAUACUUCGGCAAGACCACCGAAGCCCAAGCUUACUUCGAGGGCUUGGGCUUCAUCUGCCCAGAGCAACAAACAACAGCCGACUUCCUCACCUCAAUGACCAGCCACCAGGAGCGCGUCAUCCGCCCCGGCUGGGAGGGCAAGACACCGCGCAGCCCCGACGACUUUGCCCGCGCCUGGAAAGCGAGCCAGCAACGCGCCCGCCUCCUCGAGGACGUCGAAGACUACAUCCAGCGCCACCCCUUUGGCGGCGAGCACUACCAAAAGUUCCUCGCAUCCCGUCGAAUCGACCAGUCCAAGUCCCAGCGUCAGAGCUCGCCGUUCACGCUCUCGUACAUGGAGCAGAUGCGCCUCACGCUCUGGCGGAGCUGGGUGAUGCUCAAGGGCGACCCCAGCAUCACGCUGACGAUGCUCAUCACCAACAUCUUUGAGGGCUUGAUUAUUAGCAGUCUCUUCUACAACCUGCCUACCAAUACGUCCAGCUUCUUCCGCCGCGGUAUCCUGCUCUUCUUCACAGUCAUCAUCAAUGCCUUUGGCAGCAUCCUCGAAAUCAUGACGUUAUACGCCAAGCGUAAGAUUGUCGAGAAACACGCCCGCUACGCCUUGUAUCACCCCAGUGCAGAAGCUCUCUCGGCCAUGGUUGUCGAUUUGCCCUACAAGAUUGUCAAUGCCAUCCUGAUGAAUACCAUUUUGUACUUCAUGGGCAAUCUCCGCCGCGAGCCGGGCGCCUUCUUCUUCUUCCUGCUCAUCUCCUUCUCGAUGACGUUAACAAUGUCGAUGAUGUUCCGUCUCAUCGGGUCCGUCACGAAGUCAGUCGCCCAAGCUCUGGCUCCGGCAUCAAUCAUCCUGCUCCUCAUCGCUCUGUACACUGGCUUCGCUAUUCCGCCUCAGUAUAUGCAGGAUUGGCUGGGUUGGGUCAGGUGGCUGAACCCGGUCUACUACGGUCUCGAGAGCGUCAUGCUCAACAAGUUCAUUGGCCGCGACUUCCGUUGCUCAACCUUCGUGCCCAUGGGCCCUGGCUACGACUCCGUCGCCGCCAACGAAAGGGUCUGUUCUUCAGCAGGCUCCGUCCCGGGCCAGGACUUUGUCAGCGGCACGGCCUACCUCAGCACCUCAUAUGGCUUUGAGAACUCCCACCGGUGGAGGAAUUUUGGUGUUUUGAUUGCCUACAUGAUUCUCUUCAUGGGUCUGCACCUGUUCGCUACCGAAUACAUCGCCUCUGAGCGCUCCAAGGGCGAGGUCUUGGUCUUCAGCCGCAAGGCCAUGAGUAAGCGCCGCAAGCAAGGCGCCGUCGAUGUUGAGACUGGUGCCCCCCCCGCCGCCGGUGCGCAGCAUAGAAGCGAGGAUGAUUCUGAGGGAGUCGCGGGUAUGGAGAAACAGACUUCGGUUUUCCAUUGGAAGGAUGUCUGCUAUGAUAUCAAGAUCAAGGGCGAGCCUCGACGGAUUCUGGACCACGUAGACGGCUGGGUUAAGCCUGGAACUCUGACUGCACUUAUGGGCGUUUCUGGAGCUGGCAAGACCACCUUGCUCGACGUCCUCGCGACCCGCGUAACAAUGGGCGUUAUCUCCGGUGACAUGCUAGUCAACGGCCAACCACGCGACGACUCCUUCCAGCGGAAAACGGGCUAUGUCCAACAGCAAGAUCUCCACCUCCAUACCUCCACCGUCCGCGAAGCCCUCAACUUCAGCGCCAUCCUCCGCCAGCCAGCCAACUACACCCGCAAGGAAAAGCUCGAGUACGUCGAUACCGUCAUUGGCCUCCUCGGCAUGGAAGAAUACUCCGACGCCGUCAUCGGCGUGCCCGGCGAAGGCCUCAACGUCGAGCAAAGAAAGCGUCUCACCAUUGGCGUCGAACUCGCCGCUCGCCCGCAGCUCCUCUUGUUCCUCGACGAGCCCACUUCCGGUCUCGACAGCCAGACCUCGUGGUCAAUUUGCAACCUAAUGGAGAAGCUUACCAAGAGCGGCCAGGCCAUCUUGUGCACCAUCCACCAGCCCUCGGCGAUGCUCUUCCAGCGCUUCGACAGGCUGCUUCUGCUCGCCAGUGGCGGCCGUACCGUUUACUUUGGAGAGAUUGGCAAGAAUUCGCAGACAUUGGUUGAUUACUUUGUCCGCAACGGUGGGCCAGAAUGUCCGCCUGGCGCGAAUCCCGCAGAGUACAUGCUUGAGGUAAUCGGUGCCGCACCCGGUGCUCAUACCGACAUCGACUGGCCCGCCGUCUGGCGCCAAACACCCGAGUACCAGUCUGUUCAGGAUGAGUUGGCCAGGUUGUGCUCGGGUGGUCCUGCGCGACCUGCCUUGGCUGAUGGUCAAGAUCACUCUACUUACAAGGAGUUUGCCGCCGGCUUCAGUACGCAGUUCAUGGAGGUCACGAAGCGCGUUUUUCAGCAAUACUGGAGAAGCCCUGCUUAUAUCUACUCAAAGGGAGUCCUGUCCUUUGGUGCUGCUCUGUUCAUCGGUCUUUCAUUUCUGAACGCUGAAAACACGCAACGUGGCUUGCAAAACCAAAUGUUUGGCGUCUUCAUCUUCCUCACGGUAUUCAGCCAAGUCGUUGAGCAAAUUCUGCCAAUCUUUGUAUCUCAGCGGACCAUGUACGAGGCGCGUGAGAGGCCCUCAAAGGCAUACUCGUGGAAGGCCUUCAUGUUCGCGAACAUCCUGGUGGAGAUGGCCUGGAACUCGGUUGCCUCCGUCUUCUGCUUUGUGUGCUGGUACUUCCCCAUCGGCCUCUACCGCAACGCCUACGCCACCGACGCCGUCGAUUCCCGCGGCAUCACCAUGUUCCUCCAAGUUUGGGUGUUCUUCAUCUUCACCGGAUCUUUUGCCCACAUGAUGAUUGCAGGCCUGCCAAACGCCGAGGUAGCUGGCGGAAUCGUCAACCUCUUUGCGAUCAUGAUGUUUGCUUUCUGCGGAAUUCUCGCCGGACCAAAUGACCUCCCAGGUUUUUGGAUCUUCAUGUACCGCGUCAACCCCUUCACCUACGUGGUAGAAGGCUUCCUGGGCACAUCCCUCGCCAACGCCGCGGUGCACUGCGCCUCCAACGAGUUCGUCUCCUUUGCGGCGCCGAGUGGGCAGACGUGCGGGCAGUACAUGUCCGACUACAUCUCCGCUGCCGGCGGCUACCUCUCAAACCCGGAUGCCGUCAACGGGACCGAGGAGUGCCAGUACUGCGCCAUGUCGGAUACCAACACCUUUUUGAAGGGGAUCAAUGUCGACUUUGACCACCGAUGGAGGAACUUUGGGCUGAUGUGGGCGUACUGCAUCUUCAACAUUGUCGUGGCUGCGCUUGUGUACUGGCUGGUGCGCAUGCCUAAGAACAAGAAGGUCAAGAAGGAGUAGUUGAGAUGUGACGAGUAUCUCCUUUGUGGUAGACAUAUGGACGGGAUGUACUUUUCCAGGGUUUUAGAAGAGGAUGGGAGGAACGUUGUUAGAUGCAGGGUUGGCACUAGAUGCAUUGUUUUCUUGCUGCGCUUUGCAGAGCAUUCCAGAUUGCUACCGACUUAAUCGCAAUAUUUAAUAGACAUAGAAUCUGCUUC